UCUGAUGAAAGGUUCUCCAUGGUACGCACACCUUUGGUAUAUAUCACGAAUGCUCUGUGGAUGUGACCUUGUGAUCCCACUUUCGCCAUGCUCAUUGUGCAACUCACGAUCCUGUUACUUUCGGCUGUCGCUCUGGCAUUGUCCUCCACAGACUACCGUGACCUUCAAAAGCGUUCAGUUCCGCAUGGUUUUGUUACCACACGUGGCACCCAAUUUGAGCUGGAUGGCAAACCAUUUGCCUUUGUCGGCGCAAACUCAUACUGGUUGCCUCUGCUGAAUUCCAAGGCGGAUGUAGAGAAAACAUUCAAGUCCAUGCAGCAAGCUGGAGUAAAGGUCCUGCGUACAUGGGGCUUCAACGCCAUCAAUGGCUCCGAACUUGCUGGCGCAUUGCAAUCAGGACUGACGUAUUACCAGGUUUGGAAUAGUAGCGAAUGGAUUCUUAAUGAUGGUCCUCAAGGUCUACAACGCCUGGACCAUGUCAUUGAGACAGCGGGAAAGCACGACAUUAAGGUUAUUCUCGCGUUCACGAAUAAUUGGGUUGGAUACGGUGGAGCGGAGCUUUACAUCAACUGGAUUGCCGGUGCAGGUAAAACCCACGAUAUCUUCUUCACCGACCCACGAAUCAUCGCACCUUACCAGAAAUACGUCCGUACGAUUGUUAACCGGUACAAGAACUCUCCGAAUAUCUUUGCAUGGGAAUUGGCUAACGAAGCCCGGUGCCUUGGAGACAUCCUCCCCGCAGGACCAAACUGCGUUGCUGGUACCAAUGUCUUGCCCAAGUGGUACAGACAGCAAUCAGACUUCGUCCGAAGCCUAGACCCCCAUCAUUUGAUUACCACCGGGGGCGAGGGUCAUUUUUUCUGGAAGAAACCUGUUGAAUUCUGGUUCAACGGCACUCUUGUCAGCGACUACAAUUUCAAUGGACAAGCCGGUGAAGACUUCGACAGAGACCUCCUGCUGCCGAACAUUGACUUUGGCACAUACCAUAUGUAUCCGCAGACAUGGUACCCUCAACUGGACACGCCGGGAUCCAAUUUCUCCGUUGAAGAAUGGGGCUUGGGAUGGAUCAAUGCUCACGUGAGAUCGGCCAAUUCGGCUAACAAGCCACUCUUGCUUGAAGAGUUCGGACUCUCCGGUUUAGACAAUAAAACUGACAUCUACCCAUCAUGGGUCAAGCGUGCGCUAGAUACUAGACAUGCCAUUAUGCCUUGGCAGUUUGGAACUCUGGGCCUGACGGAGAAUGGAGGGAAUCGCCUCAUCAAAUAUGCAGACGCACUGAUCAAUGGGGCUUCCCCUAACGACGGAAACACAAUCUACCCAAAUCAAACCGCGGCGUGGGACAUCUUCACGUACGAUCAUUUUAAUCUCGCCGCGCAGGUUCUGACCUCCUUUUUGUUUGUAGGAACGCAGCGAAGAUCCAGGCUCAGCGGUCUCGGUGAUCAGCGCCGCUCGCUUUGUCAAUUGUAUCGCGAUUGAUUUUUGUACGAGUGAGAUUGGAACGACCAUUGUAGCGGAUAAUGCAAAAACAAAUCAGAUCCG